CAACAAACAACAAAAUUGCUACCGUCGACAAAUCCUCCUCUGUUUGCAUCUCUCUAUACUUUGGAAAAUUCCUUGUCGGAAAUAACGCACCCGGAAAGCACUUGAGAAUUUUUCCCAUAGAAGCACCAAGAACGGCAACCUCUCUCUCUGCACUUGGGAAAAAUUCCCAAUGCAAAAUAACACAACUUGAAAGCACUUGAGAAUUUUUUCCAGAAAAUGACCGAGAAUGGUGACAUCUCUCUGCACUUGGGAAAAUUCUUAGUGGAAAAUAACGCAGCCGAAAAGCACAUGAGAAUUUUUCCUAAAGAAGGACUGGUAACGGCUACAAAUGAAAGGAGACAUGCUGAGACAGCUGGAAAUGAACACUAUCGGAGGGAUAUUAUCUAGUGACUCAUUUUAUUUUUUUAGAUAUAAUUGCUAAGUAAAUAAAUAUCCUUCCUAAUUUUAGGUAAGUUGAAUAAAAAAUUAAAUGAAAAGCUGAAUUAGAGUUAAUCAGGUAACUAAGACACCUCCUAAUUCACCUGAUCUCAUCUCGACCCAUGACCCAGCCCUAGUCCCCGCACAAUUUACCACUAGCGAAUGACUUUUCACUAGCUCUCUUCUUACUUCUCGUGGUUAUGUUUAGCUUCAAAACAAGGGUUAAACCACAGACCAAAGUAAAAAAGUUUGUGUAUAGUUCGGGCCAAACUAAGGUAUUAACUCUAAAAACAAAUACAAUUUCCUUGUUAAGUAUCUCGCAACGGCGUCGUUUGUCUGGUCUUACCGCCAACAAAUAUCGGGCUUUUGGAAAUAGCUCUUUUGAGUAUUCACAAGAUUUGUCCUUGGGGAAUUCAAUUGAGAGUUCCUUUGAACUUCCCCAAGCACUUCCAAGAAAGAUUGCCGUUUUCAGACAGCUCUAAAACUCCCCCACGACAAUCCAUGGCUUCCGAUUCCUCCUCUCCACCUCCGCCGACCUCGUACGGCUACGAUUCCUUCAUAACCCCUACACCGAGCACGUUCCUCUCACGCGCCGCCGCCAGCUCUACCUCCCUCUACGCCACCCGCCGUCCAUGGCGCGAGCUCGUCAGCCUCUCUUCUUUCGCCCGCCCUUUCUCCAUCGGAGAAGCCAUGGUCCGAAUGAAACGCAACCUCGCCUAUUUCCGCGUCAAUUACGCCAUGGCUGUCCUCUUCAUCCUCUUCGUCAGCCUCCUGUGGCACCCUUUCUCCAUGAUCGUCUUCCUAAUCGUCUUCGUCGCCUGGCUGUUCCUCUUCUUCCUCCGCGACGAGCCCCUGGUGCUCCUCCGCCGCACCGUCGACGAUCGCAUCGUGCUCGGCCUGCUCGCCGUCGUCACCGUCGUCGCCUUGAUCUUGACCGGGGUGUGGUUGAACGUGUUGGUCUCCGUGUUGAUUGGACUCGCGAUUGUCCUGUUGCACGCCGCGUUUAGAGGGACGGAGGAUUUGUAUGUGGACGAGGUAGACGCCGGUGGGGGUGGGUUGUUCUCAUUCGUCGGCGGCAGCCCUACCAAAACUGGUUACUCUCCCAUUUGAAGCAAGCCAUGGGAUGGUGGACAACUCCAGUGGCGUCGUGCUCUCAAUUUUGUGCUUGCCUCGGCUGCGGUUUCUCCUUGGUCUGGUUAGAUUAUGGAACUCCAAGCUUUUUUUUUUUUCUUUUCAAGUUUGCGUGUUAAAUGAUUCUGAAUCAUUAUACUUACUUACUGUUGUAAAUCUGAUCGAUAGGCCCCAGAAACUUGAUUCCACAGUAGGUUUCUGUAUUCCCCUUUUCUUGAUUAGAUUGAAUUAUUUGAGAUGAACGUAUAUACACUGGGUAGGGGGUGAUUUGUUAUCAGUUCAGGGUCUUCAAGGAAACUGGCUUCUGGUUAUCUUUGCCCUAAGUCCUAACUAUUGAACUGCUACUGUGCUCUCCCUAUCCCUCUGGUUUACCCAAAUGAUGUUUUGCCGUUGUGCUCAAUUGCCCAUUUGUAAUAGAUAGGAUAGGGUUAAAGCUUGUGCAGCAGAAUUAGCUUUGCCUGAUUGUCUAUUAAUCAUUCGUUGAGCUUAUGGGAUUUAGCCACCUGCUGCCAAUUUCAGUUUGUGGCCGUAGUGUAGUGGUAGCAGGUGAGCUAAGUUGGUGUAUUGUCAUGAGUAGAAUGUUGCAACUGAAACUUGAUGGAUGGAAGGGACAAACAAGGAUUUGAGGCAGGAGUUAUUGCAUAAUUGAACUAUGCAUUGUUUUGUUGUGUUUGUUUUCUCAGUUUCUCUUAUCAAAAGAAGUUUUCUCAGUUUCUGAGAUGGCCCCCCCAUAACCAUAAGGGUCAUGUGGUGGGGAAGAAAUGCUUUCAUUCCAUGUGAGGAAAGGAAAGUAGGGCUCAAAAGGCGGUUUGAUUAUUAAACAGGAAAAUGGAUGUCAAAAACACAACUAGAUGUUGCUGGCCAACAUAGUGGAAUGAGUGGAUUGCCUUUUCUCUUCAAUAACUGUACUUGUAAGGAGUAAGCUAGUUCUCAUACGGGCAGCUCUGUCUUUCUUGGUUAGCUGUUUCCCAGUGGUCUUCUUGUCUGUGCUGCAUCUGGAUAUUUGAGGAGUGAGUUUGUGUCAAAUUCAUCCAUGUGUGACAUGUAUGCUUUCAUGGAUUCUUGCUCCAUCGUCCAUUUGGAGUAGAGUUCAUAUUGUGAUGACGAAUCACUCGAUUAGUUAUUAUUGCUUUAGGCCUGUGCUUUUUUUUCCCUCUUGCAUUUGAUGAUCGGUUGUCAACUACAUUCCGUAUUGUUUCGUGAAAAUAAAAGGGGUUUUUUUGUUUGUUUUCUGGCCAUCAGAAUAUGAACGGUGAGAUAAUUCGUCACUUCAUUUAGGGUUUAGAAAUUUGUUCGAGUGAUUUAACCACAACCACAUAGAAUGUGUCAUUUUGCUGAAAUUACUAGUUCUCUGGGUGGCAUUGACUUCGGUUGGAAUUGAUGUCAACACUCCGUUAGUGGGUAUUAGGGAUGACAAUGGGUCGGGAUGGGUCGGGUUUUGCCAAACCCAAACCCAUGGGUUUAUUCGCAAAAAAACCUGGGGUAAAACCCAUUUGGUUUGAAAAACUCAAACCCAACCUGCUGGGUAUCUGCGGGUUCAUGGGUACCCACGGGUUUUUGUCGUAAAAAAUUGACAAUAACAAGUUCCUAUCAAAAUUAAAGUCAAAUAUCAAUCUCUCAAUAAAAUUAUCCAUAUAUAAAACACCAUUCUAGAAAAUUCAAGCAAAUCACAAAUUAACUACACAAAUUGUUCAACACCAAUCUAGAAAACUCAAGAAAAUUGAAGUCAAUCACAAAUUAUCCAUAAAUACAUGAUUAAUUGAAAGCUUCUUCCUUUCAAUUAAGUUAACGCACUCUCCACUCGAUAAUAUCAACUUCAUUCUACACAAUUAGAAAGAAAAAAUUAGACAUGUCUCCACAAACAUAAAUAAGAUUAGUUGUUUAGA